AUGACCAACCGAUCUACAGUGACAGAGUUCCUUCUGAUGGGAUUUUCUGAUGAACGUGACAUGCAGAUACUGCAUUUUGUGGUGUUCCUCUUCAUUUACUUAACCGCCUUAGCUGGAAAUCUUCUCAUAAUAACAGCUGUGACUCUAGACCACCACCUUCACAGCCCCAUGUACUUCUUUUUAGCCAACUUAUCAAUACUAGAUAUAGGCAACAUCUCCACUACGGUUCCCAAAUCCAUAUGCAAUUCAUUGAUGAAUAACAAAUUGAUUCCUUUGGCUGGAUGUGUCACACAGGUCUUUUUAGUGGUCACAUUUGUUGGUGGUGAACUUGCCAUGCUCACCAUCAUGGCUUAUGACCGCUAUGUUGCAAUUUGCCAUCCUCUGCAAUAUAGGCUAAUCAUGAACAGAAAUUCAUGCAUCCAAAUGGCAGCUGCUUCCUGGAUAAGCAACCUGAUCCAUGCAGCCUUAGAAACUAGUUUCACCUUUACAUUAAACUUCUGUGGACCCAAUACAAUUGGACAAUUUUUCUGUGACAUACCCCAGUUACAAAAGAUUUCUUGCACUGAUACAAAAGCCAACCAGCUUCUGAUUUGGGUGCUUGGACUCUUUUUAGAUUCAUUUUUUUUCAUGUUCAUCUUUGUUUCUUAUGGCUAUAUCUUGUCUGUAGUCCUGAAAAUUCCAUCAGUUCAGGGCAGAUAUAAAGCUUUCUCUACCUGCACUCCCCAUCUGACUGUCUUUUCUAUAUUUAUUAUCACAGCAGUGUUUUCCUACAUGAGGCCAAAAGCACUUUCCUCCCCCACUGUGGACUUGGCUUCUGCUGUUUUAUAUACAGUUUUGCCCCCAAUUCUGAAUCCUGUCAUUUAUAGCUUCAGGAAUAAAGAUAUCCAAAAGGCUGUGUGGAAAAUACCACAAAAAAUUAAAGAUCUCUUAGCAUGCCAGUGA